AUGAGUUCACCAUCAACGCCUUCGAGCAAUAACCCAAAGGAGAAAGGUGAAAUUUCUACACUUCAAAAAUCACAGGUUAGUAAAGAUGAAUCGAAUUCCUCCCAAGAGAUUGCAUCUGAUUUUACUAAAAAUAUACCAAAAGGACCGGCAAACGUAGCACCUGCACCCCAACAAAGGGUAAACGAAACAUCAUCUACAAAUGAAUCAAAAUUUAAUUCAAGAAUUUUAUGGCCUGAUAUUAUAAAGACUCCAGUUAAUACUUGGACAUUUUCAUGUAAAGAUAUAAUAGACAGACUGGGGACUGAUGCAAAUUUAAUAUUAGAAUCCAAAAAAAAUAUGGAAAAAUGUUUAUUAUAUUUUUAUACUUUGAAAAAAAGACUUAACCUUUUUGAUCAUACCUACACAGCAUCAUGUAUUCUAUUUUUCAGACAUUGGUACAUUUAUAACUUACCUGUAAAUUUAAUAGAUUGCAUAAAUCUAUCUCAAAGCAUUUUGGUUACUGCGUGUAAAGGAACUGAAAAUAAUAGGCCUAUAGAUGCUUAUGUUAAAGCAACAUGCGAAUUUAUCUCUAGAGAAGUACAAGGUAUAAAAAUAUCAAACAUUGAUAAGAUGAAGUGGGAUAUAAGAGAUAAAUUAGUGGAAAACGAGAAAACUAUUAUAUGUUCAUUUGGUUUCGAUUUAAAUGUACAAAAUCCUAAAGAAAUGAUAGAAGAAAUCUUUAGUGGAUACUAUAGAUAUAAUAGGGAUUUUGAUUUGCCUGACAAUUUCAAGAAAAUAUUUCCAAAAAUAUUACAAGAAGCUAGAAAUUUUAUUGUCCAAGCGGUUACUCAACCUACUUGUCUUUUAUGUGAUGGUUUCACUUUCAUCGCAUUAUCACUAAUAUAUUGUGGUAUUCAGUAUAAAAAGCUUCUCGACAAUGAAUUCAAGUACCCUAAAAAUUUUUUCAGGAAUAAACUACCUACCCCAAUAGACCCUCAAAAAAUGGAAGAUUUAUUCACCGAUUAUAGAUUGUUAGAAGAAAAUUUCUUUGAUCUGAAGAGUAAUAAAGGUGAAAAAUUACAAAUUAGCAAAAGUGACAUUGAAGGAUUAAUAGACGAAGAUCCAAUCGAUGGAGAAAUUCCAGACCCUUAUGACUACAAUUUGAUAAAAUCCGGAGAAGUAAGACAGGAAUUACUAGAUCAUACAAAGGCAAGAUUACAGGAUUUAUUCGAAAAAAUAAAAACAGAAGGUAAAAAAAGAUCCCAUCCAGAAAACUCAAACCAACAACACAAUACUCCUGAUAAAAAGCUAAAACAAUAA